AUGGAGCCAGCGAAGCGGAAGUCAAUCUUGCGAGUGCUCUUCAUUUCGCUGCUUCUUGAUUUGAUCUCCUUCACUUUCAUCCUCCCACUAUUUCCCUCACUUCUCUCAUUCUACCGCGGCCUCGAGACACACCCAACCUCGGCGCUGAACCAAGUCCUACGAUACCUGAAUGCCUACAAGAAGGCAUUCGGCCUCCCAGUGAACGAGAAAUAUGACAUUGUACUACUAGGGGGAGCAUUGGGCUCCUUGUUCUCUCUGCUACAGGCAAUCGCCAGCCCGAUCAUCGGGAAGGCCUCCGACAAAUAUGGACGUCGGACGGCACUGCUCUGGAGCAUGUGCGGUAACAUCGCCAGCGUGGCGCUGUGGUGCGUCGCAGUCAACUUCCGUACGUUCCUGCUCAGUCGCAUUGUGGGCGGACUGAGCGAGGGCAACGUUCAGUUGGCUACGGCGAUUGCUACAGACAUCAGCGAUGAGAGCCAGCGUGGAUCGACGAUGGCGUUGGUGGGCGCCUGCUUCAGCGUCGCGUUCACGUUCGGUCCAGCCCUUGGAGCAGCGCUGGCGAAUGUGACUAUGGUCGCGGCGAAUCCUUUCGCGGUCGCGGCAGGGUUCUCGCUAUUCCUUAUUGUGGUGGAGACUCUGUACUUGUACUUCUGCCUGCCGGAGACUCGACCGGCGGCGAAAACGGAGGAGAAGAGGUCUGGGUCAAGCACUCCGAAGACGAAGCACACGAACCAGCCGUUGCUGCUCAAUCUGGUCCACUUCUUUUUCCUGCUGCCCUUUUCUGGCAUGGAGUUCUCUUUACCAUUUCUGAUCGCCUCAGAAAUCUUCCCUGGACAUCCGUCACCAUCGAAGGUGAAUGGACGGGUUCUGGGGGUGGUGGGCCUGAUUGCGAGCUUGCUUCAGGGUUCAGUGGUCCGCAGACUACCACCUUUGACCGUGGUCCGCUUGGGCGUGAUAAGCUGUACAAUAUCAUUUUUCAUGCUAUCUCGGGUAUCGAGCAUAUCAGGACUAUAUGGAGCGGCAGUGUUCCUGGCGGUAACAUCUGCCACGGUUGUGACUGGGCUCAACAGUCUAGGCAGCUUCGAGGCAAAGGAGACCAAUCGAGGACAGGUGCUGGGUGCACUGAGAAGCUGGGGCCAACUUGGAAGGGCUAUGGGACCUGUGUUGUUCUGCAGCUUGUUCUGGUGGGCUGGACGGCAGACAGCCUACACUGUAGGCGGAUCAUGUAUGCUGGGCGUCGUCGCUUUAGCCUUUGGCACGUUGAAAGCACCACCUCUGACGCCAAAAGCUGCGGAAUUCAACGGGACCAAGCAGCUCAACGGUCGAGCUAACGGCCAUGCUGUCAAGUCACAGCUCCUGACAUCUUCCAUUGUCGACAUCUACGUCGGCUCCGAGUCCCAGCAUUGGCCUCUGCACGAACGCCUACUGUGCUACCACUCCCCCUUCUUCUCCCGCAUCUUCUACGCCGACGACAAAGACCCCUCCAAGAAGUCCCGCGGCUCCAAAAGCUACGGCUUACCUGACGAGGACGAAUACCCAUUCGAGCUGCUCGUAGGCUGGCUCUACUCCAAAGCGAUCCGUCAGCCGCAGCAGGAGAAGGACCUAGGUCCACUGCUCGACCUUUACCUCCUUGCACAAAAACUCGAGAUGCAGAAGUUGGGUGAGGAUGUCACUGAGCUUGUGAGAGAGUUCUACCACCAGACGUCUACGUACCCAGGCCUUCGGCGGGUGCAGUACAUCUAUGCGGAAACCGAUGAGGACAAUGAGAUGCGUGAGAUGAUGGUCUCGUCUGUCGCGAGACAGCUCACGACGUCGGACAAGAUUCCGGUGCAUUGGGCGAAGGCUCUGCAAAGAAACGGACAAUUGGCUGUGGAUAUUAUUCGUGCUAUUCAGGUUGGUCUCUCCUCUGCGCCAUCUUCUCCCCCAUGCCAGAAGCAUAUCUCUAACACACAUCCUUCAAAGCAAUGGCACCUCGAAGAGCGCAGUAUCCCCGACUUCCGCGACGCCAGCCGCACCCGCGGCCGCCAAGCCGGCGGAUUCUCCGCCAUCGAGCGCGAAGGCGAAUCCCUCGAGACCGACAACACCGCCGACACCAACCUCGGUGUCGAGAGCCUGGCUAGCGACUUUGACAAGUCGCAGAUCAACGACUCUCACAUCAAGAGUGAUGACGAGUAA